CUUCCCAUCUUCUCUCUUGGUUCUUCCUUUUAUUAUACUCAUCAUCUUCUUUGUUAUUAUCAUCUCAUGUUCUCAAGUUAAGUUUUAUUAGAGAGACAAUGCCUUCGAAGAGUUAUCAUUAUUCAUCUUCUUCUUUUUCUUCUUCUUCAUCUUCUUCUCAGCUAAGUACUCCAAGAGCAUUUCAAAAGGAGCCUUCUCAAGCCAAUUCUAAAUCUCCUAUGUGGGAUGUUGAGGAGGUGAAGUGCAGCCUUGGUUCCUCAAUGCCUAAGUCUGACGAAGAACUGAAGGGGGAGAUUGCGGAGCUCGAGACAGAGAUCUUACAGUUAGAGCUGUAUCUUCUCUCGCUCUACAGAUCAUCUUUCGGAGAUUAUUUGCCUGCAGUAUCAUCACCAUUUAAGACCAAACUUCACAGUGACCAGGUCUCUUCUGUGUCUGAUAAGUCUAUCUCAGCCAGCUUCAAAAGCUUGUCUGAAACAGACAAGAUAAAAAGAUCUGACUCAUCCGGUAACCCGAGUUUGGCUGAUCUUCUUGGUCUAAACACUCUUAGUCCCAAUAAACUCUCUGAAGAGAUUAUGAGAAAUAUUUGUGUGAUAUACUUCAAACUCUCAGAAAAUGGACAUAACAUAUUUUUCAAGAAAUCAAAGAAUGAAGAGUGUGGACAAGAACUUGGAGUUGUUAUCCAUAAGCUUUACUUAGACGAUGACAAUUUAAAGUCCAUUGAGAGCAUGCUUCAACAUUUCAGAUCGCUGGUUCAAAAGCUUGAGAAAGUUGAUGCAACAAAGAUGUCUAGGGAAGAAAAGCUUGCGUUCUGGACCAACAUUCAUAAUGCUUUGGUGAUGCACGCAUAUAUUGUAUAUGGACUUGGUGAAGAUACAACAAUCACAAUGGUCUUGAAGGCAGCAAUUAACAUAGGUGGGGAGUGGGUAAAUGCAUAUGAUAUCCAGAGUUUGAUAAUGGGCAUUAGUCCUUGCCAUUCACCAUCACGUUUAUGGACGCUAUUUUCACCGGGUAAGAGUUCGAAGACGAGUAGCGGUGGACACAUUUAUGCGUUGGACUAUGCCGAACCACUUCUUCAUUUUGCCCUCUCUACCGGAGCAUCAACCUAUCCAAUGGUCCGAGUUUAUACAGCAGAAGGGAUCUUUCAAGAACUUAGGCAAGCAAGAGACGAUUUCAUCCAAACAAGUAUUGGAUUUGAGAAAGAGACAAAGAUUCUAUUGCCAAAGAUUGUUUACAACUACGCGAAGGAUACUUCUCUCAACAUGGCUGAACUCUUCAAUACAAUAUCAAAGUGCCUAACCGAGACACAAAGAGCGAAAAUGAGACGAGUUGUGACGAAAAAGCAAGAUAGAAGCAUUCGUUGGAUUAACCAUGACUCCAACUUCCAUUUUAUCAUCCAUUCGGAACUCAUAAGAGGGAGUCUAUGAACUUGACAAUCAUAUGGUUCCU